CCGACUCGGACAGCCAAGCUGGUUUUCGAGCUUUACAAGGAUAUCUGCUGAUUGUAUAAUUUAAUUUGUCAAGGAAAAAAAAUGAUAAGCAGAAGCUCUAACUGAAGAGGAGAAUCAGGUUGGCGCAGUGACAGAUGUUCGGAUAAAGAAGUUGGCUCAGAGAAGAUGUACUGAGUCUGAUUUUUUUAUUUUUUUUUCCUUUUUUUUUCCUCCCCCUCAAUCUGAAUGAAGACUAUCAUGGGAACUGCAUUCACAUGGUGAUCAAAAGAAACACUUGAGUGAUGAACUGCUUUUGCAGAAGUCGUCUAAGGCAGUAAUUGGAGCUUUUGUGUGCAGUAGCUAGCUUGUUUUGCUGAAGCAUUCCUCCUCAACAGUAUUUCUGCCUGACGCGUUCCCUGUGAGAAGCCACAGCUACUGCCUGGUGAAGGAAAAAUGAACACUCCGCAUUGCUCGUGUCCCUGAUGGAGUAACACCGGCUGCUUUGCUUUUGCUGGAUUCAGCCGGCAAUAUUAUUCAAGGAGUUCAUUGUCCCUGUGGUCUGACUCAUCGCAUGUAAAUGUGCUGCAGCCGUGCUGCACGUUGCAGCUCUUUUCUUGCAUGGGAAAGAAUUCUUUUCCUCUGAGCAGGUCCUGAAUAACUGCUGGAACCGAGAUGUGUUUUUCUGUCUGGACUGUUUUUGACGUUGAGAAAGGAAGCUGUAGAAUGGCAGGAUGAUCGGGAGGCGCGUUUAUUUUCAGUCCCCAGAAAGCCUGUGAGGGUUGAUUUAAACUGACCUUGCAGGAGUGCGAAUAGCUGCGGCCGUCUCUCUCGGGGCAAUUGUUCCUUGUUCCGUCCUCUGCAGGACGGAGUCGUGUCUUCUGCAACAAUGACUUCGCUGUGGGGGUAGAAGGACGCUGUGGAAGUUGUGACAUUAACAAAGACAAAUUUGCUCGUGAAAGGACAGCUGUGUGCGACAGUGAUUGCUGUUCGAAUGGAAUUGGAUCUUGGGAUAUUUUUGUCUCUUUAUUUAGCUCUCCCACAGUUUCGUUUUUGUGGUUUCGAUGCUUGGGGACUUCUUAUUUUAUAAAGCACAACUUUUUUUCAGCAGUGUCUUGAACAUCGCGUGGUGUUUAAGUCUGGAAAAUGAAGUGUGAGGGGGGAUUGGAAUAUCUCUUUCUAGAUGCUAAGACACCAGCAGUAACACAAGUUUGUGAGGGCAUGUGAAACAGGUGAAAGUAUUUCCUCUAUGGUCACUAUUGCAAUACCUGCAGUCUGCUUCCAAAAAUACCACUGCUGGCAUUUUUUUGUUUGCUUUUGCUUCCUCAAACGGAUCGAAUGAGUCGAGUCUGUAUUGUUGUUUUGGAGGAGGAGGAAGAUGAUUCUCCCACAUUUAUUUCCAAUUUACCUCAGGAAAAUGUAUCUGUACAUCCAUCGCCCCCUGGAAAUGUGCUGCCACCAUUGGUUCAAGCUAUAUUUAAUGGAGAUCCUGAUGAAGUUCGAGCACUAAUAUUUAAGAAAGAAGAUGUUAAUUUUCAGGAUAAUGAGAAAAGGACCCCUUUACAUGCUGCUGCCUAUCUGGGAGAUGCAGAAAUUAUUGAACUACUUAUUUUAUCUGGAGCUAGAGUUAAUGCCAAAGACAGCAAAUGGUUGACUCCUUUACAUAGAGCUGUAGCAUCUUGUAGUGAGGAUGCUGUUCAGGUGUUGUUAAAGCAUUCAGCAGAUGUCAAUGCUCGUGAUAAAAACUGGCAGACACCCCUACACAUAGCAGCUGCAAACAAAGCUGUGAAGUGUGCUGAAGCUUUGGUGCCUCUCCUAAGCAAUGUAAAUGUGUCUGAUCGAGCAGGCAGAACUGCAUUGCAUCAUGCAGCCUUCAGUGGACACGUUGAGAUGGUCAGCUUACUGUUGUCUAGAGGGGCCAAUAUUAAUGCAUUUGACAAGAAAGACAGACGAGCUAUACAUUGGGCAGCAUAUAUGGGUCAUAUUGAAGUUGUGAAAUUACUCGUGACCCAUACAGCUGAAGUGACGUGCAAAGACAAGAAAUCAUAUACACCCUUACAUGCUGCAGCAUCUAGUGGAAUGAUUAGCGUAGUCAAAUAUCUUCUGGAUCUUGGAGUUGAUAUGAAUGAGCCAAAUGCCUAUGGAAAUACUCCUCUCCACGUAGCUUGCUACAAUGGGCAAGAUGUUGUAGUGAAUGAACUCAUAGACUGUGGUGCUAAUGUAAAUCAGUUGAAUGAGAAAGGGUUUACACCUUUGCACUUUGCUGCUGCAUCAACACAUGGAGCAUUGUGUUUAGAGCUCUUGGUCUGCAAUGGAGCAGAUGUAAAUAUAAAGAGUAAAGAUGGGAAAACUCCUUUGCACAUGACAGCAAUCCAUGGUAGAUUUUCAAGAUCCCAAACCAUCAUUCAAAAUGGAGCUGAAAUAGACUGUGAAGAUAAGAAUGGAAAUACCCCUUUGCACAUAGCAGCUAGAUAUGGCCAUGAGCUAUUAAUCAACACUCUGAUUACGAGUGGUGCUGACACUGCAAAGCGGGGUAUACAUGGGAUGUUUCCUCUCCAUUUGGCAGCAUUAAGUGGAUUUUCAGACUGCUGCAGAAAGCUCCUCUCAUCAGGUUUUGACAUUGACACACCAGAUGACUUUGGCAGGACUUGUCUUCAUGCAGCUGCAGCUGGAGGGAAUUUGGAGUGCCUAAAUCUUCUGCUAAAUACUGGUGCAGACUUCAACAAAAAGGACAGAUUUGGAAGAACUCCACUCCAUUAUGCUGCUGCCAAUUGUAAUUAUCAGUGCCUGUUUGCCCUUGUGGGAUCUGGAGCUAGUGUGAAUGACCUUGAUGAGAGGGGUUGUACACCUCUGCACUAUGCAGCUGCAUCAGACACAGAUGGGAAGUGCCUGGAAUACUUGCUAAGAAAUGAUGCCAACCCUGGGAUCCGAGACAAGCAAGGAUACAAUGCAGUUCAUUAUUCAGCUGCUUAUGGUCAUCGCUUGUGUCUUGAAUUGAUUGCCAGUGAAACACCUCUAGAUGUUCUGAUGGAAACAUCAGGUACGGACAUGCUGAAUGACUCGGACAACAGAGCGCCUAUAAGUCCACUGCAUUUAGCUGCCUAUCAUGGCCACCAUCAAGCUCUGGAAGUUCUGGUACAGUCACUGCUGGACCUUGAUGUGAGGAAUAACAAUGGAAGGACACCACUGGAUCUUGCUGCCUUUAAGGGACAUGUGGAAUGUGUAGAUGUGCUCAUUAAUCAGGGAGCAUCAAUCUUGGUGAAAGACUAUGUCAUAAAGAGGACCCCAAUUCAUGCUGCAGCUACAAAUGGUCAUUCAGAAUGUUUGCGGCUACUGAUAGGAAAUGCAGAACCACAGAAUGCAGUGGACAUUCAAGAUGGAAAUGGACAGACUCCUCUGAUGUUGUCAGUUCUCAAUGGGCACACUGACUGCGUUUAUUCACUCCUUAACAAAGGAGCAAAUGUAGAUGCCAAAGAUAAGUGGGGAAGGACAGCAUUACAUAGAGGGGCAGUUACUGGGCACGAGGAGUGUGUGGAAGCAUUGCUUCAACAUGGUGCUAAGUCCUUACUACGGGACUGUAGGGGACGGACCCCCAUCCACCUGUCAGCUGCAUGUGGCCAUACAGGUGUUCUGGGAGCUCUCCUGCAGUCAGCUACUUCUGUGGAUGCAGCACCUGCAAUGGCAGACAAUCACGGCUAUACAUCACUGCACUGGGCCUGCUAUAAUGGUCACGACAGUUGUGUAGAGCUGCUCCUGGAACAGGAAGUUUUUCAGAAAAUGGAAGGAAAUUCUUUCAGUCCCUUGCAUUGUGCUGUGAUAAAUGACAAUGAAGGUGCUGCAGAAAUGUUAAUUGAUACACUAGGUGCCGGUAUUGUAAAUUCAACAGAUUCUAAAGGAAGAACUCCUCUGCAUGCAGCAGCUUUUACAGAUCACGUUGAGUGUCUACAGCUUCUGCUUGGUCACAGUGCUCAAGUAAAUGCUGUAGAUUCUUCUGGGAAAACACCUUUAAUGAUGGCUGCAGAAAAUGGACAGACGAAUACAGUUGAGGUGCUGGUUAGCAGCGCUAAGGCUGAUCUGACUUUGCAAGACAGUUCUAAGAACACAGCACUCCAUUUGGCUUGCAGCAAGGGUCAUGAAACUAGUGCCUUGUUAAUCCUGGAGAAGAUUACGGAUAGAAACCUCAUCAACGCCACCAAUGCAGCCUUGCAAACACCUCUGCAUGUUGCUGCUCGAAAUGGACUAACGGUUGUAGUUCAAGAGCUUUUAGGGAAGGGAGCAAGUGUACUUGCUGUAGAUGAAAAUGGAUGAACUGGGAUGCUCUGCUCCAGAAGGAACAUGAGUAUUCAAGACCCUAGAAGUCUUUAAAAGGCGGGGAGGGGGGAAGGGGGAAAACAAAUAAAACCCUUAAAAAUAGCAGAUGACUGCUUGUUUUUCUUCUUUGAACUUUAAUCAAGUCACAUUAGUGAAAGAAAUGGUGUUGAAUAUGACCAGCUUGAAUAAACUUACUUUGUGUGUCAUCUUACCUUCAUACAACCUCCAGCAACUGUAGAUAUUAAAUGGUGUGCAUCUGAGUAUCAGUUCUGAGCCUUCUGUUCUGCCUUACAUGCCUGAAAUGCAGUCAUGAUCCAGGUGUGGCGAGCUCUGGCCCUUGCUUCUGAAUCCUCUCAAAAUGUAUCUCUUCUGCAGACUGUCACUGUUAACUCUGAGCUGUUUAAGUGCUGUGGUACCUUACUAACAAUGAAAACAUCCGCUGCGCUGCACUUCUGUACGGCCCUAUCGCAUGGUCAGCUGGUGCGUUCUGUGCUUGACUUAUCUGUGUUUCCUUGGAUUGUGUGCUCCUUUGGGCAGGGACUCUUGUCUUGCUCUGUUCAAAGCAUCAAGCACAAGGUCUGUCCUGAGCGAAUAAUAGUUCAACUGCAAGACUGUCCCUUGCUUGUUGUUUUCUUAAUUUCUAGCUACAGUUAUUUUCCAUAAUGCGCUUACUGGUUUAAUACUUACAUGCAAUUGUACAAUACAAUAGUUGCUCCUGAGCUCUAUCCUAAAACUUGAUCUGGACCUACUUCUAAAAUAAAGAUGAUUCUUUUGAAGUAGUUGAAGCACUUGCUGGUAGAAUGAGCAUUGCGUUGUUUUCCCUGCCUUUCUAAACUCUGGAUAGAAGUCUAUGAUGCACUUUGCGUUAAAGCUAUCUAUUAUUUAAAAUUACUUGUGUGCUUUUUACUUGGAUGUUGUACACUUUAAAGUUGUGGACCUUGGGGUAGUGCAGGACUUCCGACUCCCAAAUGUGCCUGAAUAUGAGUCUUCCUACUGAGCACAUUGUGGGCAUUUGUGUCCCACACAGAUACUGCAGGAUGACCUGGGAACAUGCUGCUGAGUGGAGCCGGGGAGGGGAGCUUGUCCUGCUCUUGGCAGCAGAACUAGCUGUGAUUUGUGGUUGUACUUAAGAGACUGCCCUGCUUUUAGAGCUGCCAGUGGCACCACCAAGCGCAGUCCUUUGGUGUGCUGUAGAUGCACCAAGACCUGUGCCAGAACUCACCCUCAGGCAUUGUGUGAAUGGUGAAGCCUGAGACAGGAGCAAUGCACAGAUCUCCGCUGAGGAGAAUUAGAAGCAUUUUUUUUGACAAUUGAAUGAGUAGAGGCAAGGACACAGAGAAGGAAAAGCUGCAGAAGGAACAAUGGUGGAGGAUUAUUAGAACCACAGAAACCCAGAAGAGAUUUCACAGCUAUGUGACCUGACUGCAAAUCAUUCCAUAGGCCAAGACCUCCUGCAUUUGAGGGUUGUCACAGCACCAAUGCCUGGCAGAAGUUUAGUUGGACAACCAGGAGGUGUCCCUGCAAGUUCUAGCCUGCCAACCCAGCUGACAUGUCCUCAAACUUCUCUGGAUUUCUUAAUUGAUACCGUGCAAAUAAAAAUUGGGCAUUGGUUUCAUAAUUUAUAUUAUUGAAUAUUGUAAUAAAGUAUAAUUAUACUCUGCCUUUUCAACUGACUGGCCUUGAUCCUUUAGCCAGCUUGUUACUGAGAUAGCACAGUGUUAUUAAAAUACCUGUCUGUGAUGAAGAGCUAUGGUGGAGCUUCUGGAUGAAGAAACAUUGAGCUGUAGUUUCUACAGUAGCUCUGUAGUGAAUGCCAUCACCUAUCACUGCUGGCUGCUAUUAGCUGUCUGUCCUCAGCCAGGUGACUUCCUCACCAUUUUCAGAUCUGGGCUUUUCUCACUGGCCUAGAGUGUUUGGCUGUGCUUAACAAAACAAUUACAUCUUUUUUGCAAAGCCCAUUAAUUUCAAGAAUGUUUUUGUAACCAGAAGUUUAAAAAUACUAAUUGAUAAUGCAUUUAUUUCUUUUUUUUUGUUGUUUUUUUUUAAACAGUGCAGAACUAAGCAAUAUAAAAUACUUUUGCAGCUGACAGAUUGUAUGAACUUGGAGAAAAUUGUACAUUGUCUUUAUUUUAAAUGAAGGUUU